AGCUGCUGUGACAGCAUGGCAGGGACUCCUGGACUUUGGGCUCUCAGCUACAACUGUCAUCUGACUUCACUAUAUAUAGACGGAAGAAGCCGUUUCACACAGUCACUACCACAGUACAGUCUGAAAGAAACACAAGCCCAAAGCAGGAGCUACCAAUCAUGAAGGUGUUUGUGGUAUUAGCUGUUGUAGUACUCUCUGGCUGCAAUGCCAACCUCUUUUAUGCUGAUGCACCCAAGCCACAGCUGGAAGUUCUGACUGAUGCUUUCUGGGACUACAUCGCCAAGGCAACACAGACAGCUGAUGAUACCCUGCAGAUGAUCAGGAAGUCACCAAUUGGACAGGAAAUCAAUUCUCGUCUUACAGAAAGUGCUGACUUGGCCAGCAAGUAUGCAGUUACCCUGCAGGAGCAGAUCCCCCCUGCAGCUCAGGACCUCAUGGACAAGAUCACCACAGAGGCCGACACGUUGAAAAGCACACUCACCCAGGAGCUGAGCUCUGUCAGGGACAAGCUGGAACCCUACACUGAGAACAUGAAGGCCCAGAUCCAGCAGAGAGUGGAGCAGCUCAAACAGGAGCUGGCCCCCUACGCCGACACUCUGGAUUCAGAGGCCUUGAGGUCCACCUUGAUGCAGAAGAGCGAGGAGCUGAAGACCAGCCUGGAGCAGAGUGUGAAGGACCUGCAAGCCCAGCUGGGGCCAUACACAGAUGACCUGAAGCAGAAGGUGGACCAGCACCUGGAGAAUUUCCAGAAAAGCGUAGCCCCCGUGACCGAGAAGGUCCAAGUGGAGCUGAGUCAGCGAGCCAGUCUGGUGAAACAAAUGGUGGCUCCCUAUGCCGAGGACCUGAGAGAGAAGCUUGACCCCUAUGCUCAAGACCUCCAGGCCCAGCUUAUGUCUCUCUAUCAGUCAUUUAUCGAUGCCAACUAAGACAACCUCCACAUCUUUAGACAUAAUUUAACACUGGCCUGACCUUGUCGGUCUACCUCUGUGUGAUACAUGGAAACAAAUCACUCUUAGACUGUAUUGAAUCAAACUGUGUGAAUAAGAACAACUCAAUAUUUAUUGCUAAGUAGAAAAAUAUAAAGCAAAUCUUGCACUUGUCAAGCAUGUAUUUAAA